UAUCUUUAUGUGCGAUUGCUCUUUUACUUAUCCUGUCGAACUUUGUCUAAAGUUGUGGGAUCUUCGUCUAAAGUUAUGGCUGGGGGUUGUGCUAUACUUGUGGCCGGUUUAUUAGAACUUAUCUUGAUUCUCAGAAUGGCCAUAGCCAAUAUGCAGGUAGCAUUUAAUUCCGUUGAUUCUACUCUCGGAAUUUUGAACCUACAGGUCAUAAAGGUUGAAGUUCAAACUCCUUACUCCAUCAUCCUGGCUGGUAUUGGUCUGCUGUUUAUAAUACUGGGCAUGGUUAGCAGUCGUAAUUUGUACUCGCGAACAAGGGACCAGUCCACAGACGGUCAAUCCAUCUCCCCUGUCAGAUUCACGAUUCAUCAAGACAAUGACUAAUUUUCAAAUGUCAAUGCAGAUUUCCAGGUUGAUAGUUUUGCUCAUGCUUGUUCACAAAUGUGGUAGA